GCAGAGUAUUCCCGCGGUUCGCCCAAAGUAAACACCUUAUGCUCUAUUUGCGACAUCAUCGACACGAUGUUGAGCCCCAAGAUGCAGAGAACGAUUCGCGUGAAUGACAACCAAUUGAUCAUGCUAUCCGAGAGAGCCCACUACGACAAUUCUCAGACUGGCUAUUUACACAAGAGAUCUGGGGAUAGCAAUAAAUGGCAGCUACGCUGGUUCGUGCUUUAUCAGAAUCUCCUAUUUUAUUACGAUUCCGAAAAUUGUCAUCGACCAUCUGGAAUUUUAAUGCUAGAAGGAUGUUACUGUGAACGAUUGAUCACUCCAGGAAAUCCGUCGAAGCCCAAGGAUGGUUCGGAUCGUCAGUUUUGUUUUGCAAUAUCGUACAGACGGGAGAACAUCCGACAAUAUGAACUACGCGCUCUCAACGAAACGGAUUGCAUGAACUGGAUAGAGGCCAUCAGAGAGGCUAGCUUCAAUAAACUUCUUCUGCAGAAGGAAGAGUUGGAACAGAAGCAUUUACAUCUAUUGCAAAUUAUUGAGUCAGAGAAAACGGCUAAAUGGCAGUAUACUCAACAGUGUGAGGAACUAGUAACCGAAAUAAAAAAAUUACGAGCGGAGCUGUUCGCUUUGAAGAAAGAAUGGAAGCCGGUCCCGCAACACCAAUCAAGCGGUAGCUUGUCGUCGACACAGGGCUCUUGCAGUUCGGGGGUGAGCGGCCAGUUCGCCAAUCUAGAGCAAGAUUCGGCCGAACUGCGCAAAAUCAAGAAGGUGCAAAGUUUCUUUCGCGGCUGGUUGUGCAGACGCAGAUGGAAGCAGAUCGUCGAGCAAUAUAUCAAGAGUCCUCAUGCUGAGAGCAUGCGCAAACGGAACAGUCUGGUCUUCCGGAUGGUGGAGAAUGAAGAGGAGUACAUGGAGCAAAUGGAGGUACUCGUCACUUGCUUCUUGCGACCGUUCAAGAUGGCGGCCUCUUCCAAAAAGCCGCCUUGUUCUCACGAGGACGUCAAUUCCAUUUUCCUGAACAGCGAGACUGUCUUAUUUCUCCAUCAGAUAUUUUUGAAAGGAUUAACGUCGCGAUUGGAGAAUUGGCCAACCUUAGUAUUGGGGGAUCUGUUCUCUAUGCUACUGCCCAUGUUGAGCAUUUACCAGGAAUAUGUUCGGAACCAUCACUACUCCCUACAAGUGUUGACGGAAUGUAAGCAGUCUCCGCAAUUUUCUGCUUUACUGAAAAGGCUGGAAUGUAAACCUGCUUGUCGCGGUAGAUGUUUGGAGACCUUUCUGACUUAUCCUAUGCAUCAGGUGCCGAGGUAUAUUAUCACUCUCCACGAGCUCUUGGCUCAUACUCCACACGAUCAUGUCGAGAGGAGGAGUCUCCAGAACGCUAGGCAACAGCUCGAAGAUCUGUCACGACAGAUGCACGACGAGGUGUCUGAAACGGAAAAUCUCCGAAAAAAUCUCGCCGUGGAAAGGAUGAUAGUCGAAGGUUGUGACAUUCUCUUGGACGUCAACCAGGUAUUCGUGAGACAAGGAUCGCUGAUCCAAGUUCCUACGGAGAAAACGUCGAGAAGUAAAUUAGGUUUCAAAACGGAGAAGGAAGCAGUGCGACAGUGUUUUUUAUUCUCCAACCACCUUAUUAUCGCCACCAGGACUUCCAGUGGCAAAUUACACUUAGUCCCCGAUGUUGGCAAAAUAUCUCUCGCAGAUGCCUUGCUGAUCGAAGAUCCUACUGAUAAUCCUGAUGAUGAUGAAUCUUCAGUCUGUUCAGUGUCUAGUCAGUCGACAGCUAGUGACACCUCUGGGGUAUCAGGAUUCCAUAACAGAGAUUUCAAAAUUAUCAUAGAAAUGAAGAGUAUCUCACAACCUGGACAAGUUUGUGUGCACUUGGUGGCAUCGUCAAUUCAGGAAAAGACAGCAUGGAUAUCCGAUAUCAUUCAGUGUUUGGACAAUGUGCAAUUUAACGAUAUGAUGCGACCGACGAUGACUGAUAGCAGCUCGAUCAGUUUACCGCAGUCGUUGAAGAAUGAUCCGAAACUGUUCAAGGAUGAAGCAGAUAUUCGUUUCAGUCGUACUCUCAAUUCUUGUAAAGUCCCGCAAAUUCGAUACGCUACCCCCGAAAGACUUUUACAGCGUUUGACUGAUUUGAGAUUUCUCUCUAUCGAUUUCCUGAACACGUUCCUGCUCACUUAUAGAGUAUUCACCGAUGGAGUGACAGUACUCGAGGCUCUCAAAAACGUGUUCUAUACCAUAGAAAUAGAGCCGCAAGGUUCCGUUAUGUCCCUCGAAGGCCUGCAAGCGAAGGACGAUAACACUUUGCACUUGUUCGACGAGCGAAGAAGGAGCAGCUUCUCGCCGAGGAGAACCAGCGGAGCCAGUUCGGUGUCGGGGUACGGUUCCGAAGUGAGCGACAGAGACAGAUCGCACAGUUACGAUUCGCAAGGGCAUCGUGUAUGGAGAGCCACCUUACAAAAAUAUGAAGAAGAAUCUCAAGAGCAAGCUCAGCCAAGAAUUAUCAAGUACAGCCCCACCCAUCACUCCAGACUGGGCGAUACGCUGGCUCCUCCAUCUGCGAAGGCAGUGUCCAUCAGAGUGGAGAGCGCUAAUGACGGUCCCGAGGAGGAAACGACGCAUCUCACCAUUCCCAAAGUGGCGGCAUCCAGUAGCAGCGAAACGUUGACAGAUGUGAGCGUGUUGAGCGCCCCAUGCUCGCCGAGCAAUCUGAGUUCAGUGACGUUGGUUGGAUCCUCCCCUUCCGACAACGGAGGCCAUCCGGGCAAGCCCUCGUCCCCCAAGCAGCCGUCUCCGCCCCCGCCCCCCAGAAAAACCUGUCCCGUCAGAACAUCUCCGACCAAAUCCACCACCUCCUCCUCAUCCUCCUCCUACAAGAAAACGCUCUCUCCCACGAAGGAUUCCGGAGGCGGAAAGGUGCUGGAGCAACCUCAGAAGAGGCCCUCGUUCACGUCGAAGCCGGACCCUCACGAGAGGCAGAUGCAGCUGCAGCGGGGGGUGUCCAUAGAGUCGGAGGAUCAGGCCGAAGAGCAUCAUUCGAACGUGGCCGGCCAUCGGGCUUCUUGCAGCUCUUCCAGAUCAGCCAGCAUCUCGACUCCUUCAGGAGUACUGCAAUACUUUUUCCAGAGCUACUACGGCUCCAGACGAUCCGUUCAGACUGACGGCGAGUCUUCGACGGCUCGUUCCAGCUUUCAGCACGAGUCGCCUCGAAAGCCGAGCAGGGCCGGCGUCGUCAUCACGUCUUUCAGGCAAUCGAAACGGAGAAGCAGUACUUCGACCUCGGCAGCUGCGUUCGCCAUAGCCACGUGCGGCUCGAGCAAUCCUCGAGACAUUUCUCCGAGCCGAGAGCAAGAGGAGGCAGAAAGGACCAGACACAAGGAGUCCGUCAUGUCGACGGCCUGCACGAUGAGAGUGCUGAACGUGUUGAGGCACUGGAUUUCGAAGCACUCGCAAGAUUUCGAAAACGACGUCCGUCUCAAGAAUCUCACCAUCGAAUUUCUAGAUGAUAUCAUCUACAGCCCGAAUCUAUUGCCGGCCGAGCACAAGGCGGCUUCCCAAUUGUUGAGAUUGCUUACCAAAGAGGAACCGGAAACCUCCAAGAUAGAUAUUAUCAAAUUACUCAAGCCACCUAAGAUAACCAGCAAGGAAUCGAUAGAAACUUUAUCGGCGUUAGAAAUAGCAGAACAACUAACUUUCAUCGACCACCAAAUUUUUAUAGCGAUUUCGAGCGAGGAGUUCUUGGGCCAAGCUUGGAUGAAGGGCGACAAGGAGAAGAGAGCCCCCCACAUUAUAAUGAUGACCAAGAGGUUCAAUGACGUAUCCAGAUUGGUUGCAUCAGAAAUUUUGCGCCGGAAGUCCAUCACCACCAGAGUGGCGGCCAUUGAGAAAUGGGCAGCCGUUGCGGAUAUCUGCAGAUGUCUGCACAACUUCAAUGGGGUCUUAGAGAUUUGCUCUGCUCUGACUAAUACGUCCAUUUUCCGGCUCAAGAAAACUUGGGAGAAAGUUUCUAAAACCACAAAACAGACGAUCGAAAAGUUGCAAGUUGUCGUUUCAUCAGACGGAAGAUUCAGAUCUUUGCGAGAUGCUCUGCAUCGCUGCGAUCCUCCAUGCAUACCGUAUCUCGGAAUAUACCUCACCGACUUAUCUUUCAUUGAGGAAGGAACUCCCAACUUCACUGCUGACGGUUUGCUGAAUUUUUCGAAAAUGCGGAUGAUUGCCCACGUGAUUCGCGAGAUCCGCCAUUUCCAGCAGACGCCCUACAAAAUCGAGCUGAUUGAAAGAGUGGCAAAUUACCUGUUGGACUCGAGUUUGAUAAUGGAAGACGACGAACUUUACAACACAUCUCUCGGCCUAGAGCCAAGAACAUCUCGUCUGGUCUCACAGUCCUCCACCACCACCGCCACUGUCAAGUGAAUAAUUGCUCUUAUCAAUUAAUGAUUCUUAUGUAGAAGACAAUCGCAUGAAAGCAUUCAGCAAAUUUCAAGCAAACACUUUACAAUCAUAUCAUAAAUAUUGGAAUGUGAGUCGUCAUCGAAGAAAUGUUGAAAAAUAAAUAGACAUGGCCGUUGCCUGCUCCAUAAAUCGCAUAAAAAUUGAAGCGAGGCCAACUGGACAAAAAGAGACCAUGCCAGCAUGGAGCAUCAUCAGAAAGACUCACCUGUCCAACGAUCCCGCAAGUAAAUAUUUGAAGUAAAUAUCUGACGUUUCCAAUGAAAUCUGAUUAUGAAUUAUUAAGAACUCAUUGUAAAACUUAUGAACAUCGGCUGAUGGGGUGAUCCUAAUCCGGGAGUGGUAGGAAAGAUGGAUUUGUAAACUCGUUGAUGAGAACGCUUCAAUUUGAGAAUACUCCUUUUCAAUAUUGAUUCUUCUAAUUUGUCAAAUUCACUCGGCCGUUACUGGAUGGAAAUCUAUAGUAAACGUGAAAACUUCUAAUCGUUUGUGAAGUUUCACAUUUAAGUUUUUUCAUUUUGCCAACUAAUCGUUCGAUAUCGAAUCAACAACUUCCGUGAGUAUUCAGACGAUGCUACUGGGAAUAUUUAACAUUGACAGGGUUUCAAUAGUGGCAUAUAAUCUCCAGAAAUUUAAGAAGAACACCAAUUCCUACCUUAUUUCCCUUGGUUCUCACGAUGUUCUCUGAACAUUACAGGAUAUGCCUUUUCCUGGGAACCAGAACAU